AAAAAGGUCUACUUAAGAAUAUUUUUGUUAAUAAGUUACCUUAAGAAAACGAAAUUGAUAGAAAGGAUAUAAAUUUGAUAUACUAUUAUUAUAUUAUUGUUAGUUUUUUUUUUUUUUUUUUUUUGUUUUUUUGGGUGUGUGUGAAUUUAUAUGUAGCAUCCCGAGCCAAACUCUUUUCCGGUAGAUGGCGGUAAUGCACAUCAAUAGGUUGCUUGCCAACUGCCACAAAAAAAGAAGAAGAAGAAGACCCUUCCGUUUCCGUGUGCGAAACUUAAAAAAACAAAACAUGAACGGGGAAAUGUAGCUUGUCGCUGUUAGAACCGAGUUUCCCGACCACAGCAAGGCUUUAAAUUUAACCAUUUUCAGCAGCUAAACCUCGGAGCGGCGGCCAGGUUUACAUUUAGUGAUGAAUGUCUUUACCGCGGGAUGCAACCAGAAACAGACGAGGAGGGAAACUUCAAACAACGACCGCUCGUUUUCUUCGACCUGGAGACGACAGGCCUGGGUCCACACUGCGAGAUCAUCCAACUGGCAGCAGUAAGCGGCGGCCACUCGCUCAAUCUGUACGUCGUCCCCCGCUGUCGCAUUGAGCGAGGAGCGGCCAGAGUCACGGGCUUUAAGGUCCGCGGACAGAGACUCUACCAAGAUCGUCGCCUCAUCUUCACCAACUCCCUCAGAGAAGUCGUGGUCUCCUUCAUCGCUUUUCUUCAAAUGCUCGGUCGACCACUCGUCGUCGGCCAUAACAUCCGAAACUUCGACUGCCCCCUGCUGGCUCGGGCUCUCGACGAGCUGGACCUGAGAGCGCAGUUUGAGGGUUCAGUUUCGGGUUGCGUGGACACCCUUCCGCUGGCUCGGGAGUUGCUGAGGGACCGUGGCCUGCAGAGCUUUGGCCAGGAGAACCUUGUCAGGGAGCUGCUGGGAAUAAACUACAGGGCCCAUGAUGCUUUGGAGGAUGUGAGAGUAUUAAAGAUUCUCUAUGGUUUCCUUCACCCGACAACAGAAGUUGUCAGUAGGCAUAUGUUUACUUUGGAUACUAUGGACAGCAAACCAACUGUACCAUGCAACAAAAGGACAAAAAGGACGUCGCCCCCUACUGGAGAAUUUCAGACAGACGGGGAAAGUAAAGAAACGACGUGACGGAGAACCUGAUACACAUCAACAUAAAGGCAUAUAAAAUUUAAGAUAAAACAUAGGUGACCUGAAACGCUAACUGAAAGUGGGACAUUUUUCAUGGAUAGUGUAAUUGUUGAAUAGAUUCAGUCACAUCUGGUUGUUUUUCCUUGAAAUCUGACAGCUAAACAGGUCACACUUUGACAGUCAGUCAACAGCGUGUGCAGAAUCAGCUUCAGCAAUCUGAUGUUUUACUGUUUUAUUUGUGACAAGAAGUUUUUCUUAAACUUAAUUAAAAUAAACCUGAAGUACAGGAGAGAAUUUCAA